AACGCUCUUGACUUUUGCAGUACAGCUGGAGCGCGAAGGGGGCGUGCUGCAGCAAUCGACGGUUCGUCAGGGGUUUUGUAGUCAUGGUGGUCGACACGUUGUUAAAUGAAGUUUAAAAUCACGUAGGGGAGAACUGUACUUGUUCAGAGUAUACCAGAGCAAACUGUGGCUGCCGUUUUGGAAACAAACAUCGGGUUUCAAUGAAUUGCACUAGGGUUCUGCAGAUACUAAACCCCAGGCCAAUGCCAAGUCCAAUUAUGCCUGUGGAUGUGGCAAUGAGAAUUUGUCUGGCACACUCGCCGCCUCUUCACAGUUUCCUCAGUUCAUAUAAGGACUGCAAGUCCAGGAGCCUAGUCAACCAAUACAAACCUCUGAGAUCCUGCAUCAGCUCCAAGACAGAUGUGAACACAGAUAACCUAGGAUGGAAGAGUCCUGAGACCAAAGCUAAAAAGAAAGUGGUUUUUGCUGACUCCAAAGGCAUGUCUCUGACAGCAGUCCAUGUGUUCAAAGAAUUUGAAGAAGACCCCAUGUUAGACCUGCAGUUUGAAUUAUCAGACCUGGAUGAUGCCAUUGUGGGCCUGAAAGCAGAGAACGAGAAAAAUUUGAUCUUGGAUUUCCCUCAGCCUGCUGCAGACUAUUUGGACUUCCGGAACCAUCUAAAGAAGAACCUGGUAUCCUUGGAAAACUGUAUAAUUCAAGAGAGAUUACUCACUGGCACAGUCAAAGUAAGCAAUAUAAGCUUUGAGAAAAUGGUAUAUGUGCGAAUAACAUUUGAGUCAUGGAAAAGCUAUGUUGACAUUCCUUGUACAUACAUGAAUAAUGUUUAUGGAUGUGAGGACGUUGACACCUUUUCGUUUUCCAUUGACCUUCCAAGUUAUGUGCCCCCACACGAGCAGGUGGAGUUCUGCAUAUCCUACAAAACUCACAAUACCACAUACUGGGACAAUAAUGAUGGAAAAAAUUACAAGCUGGUACAUGCAGAGAACAAUUCCAGCCAGAACAGUGUAAUCCAAAAGAUGACAACAGAUUUCAAGAAUCAAGGCAAACGGCCAGAGAUGGAAUUUGAUGAAUUCGGGAGCCCAAGAACAUCUACUGGAUUCUUCCCUGAGUGGCAGAGUUGGGGUCAUAUUGAGAACAACACCCCUUACUGGUGACUGGUCAAGACCCCCGAUAAACUUGAAGUAAAUGCUGUAACAAGGACAAAUGCAAAUAGUUUCAGAAUU